AUGUUGACAAUAUCUGAAUUAUACAAACAUGACAUUGCUGAUAAUUCAAUAUUUAUUCUCGAAUAUCCGUCCAGUUAUCCUGAACAUUUUGAAAAAAGCGAAUACAUCGUAAACAAAAGUAAAUACACGCUAGAUGAUCAUUACAGGGAACAUGACUACGAGUCGAAUAGAAUAGAAAAACCUCAUCGUAAUUUAGCGGUUAUGGGCAACAAAGCUAGAGUCUACGUUGACCAGAAGCCAAGUGAGCUGCUAGUAGAACAUUGGAGAAAGAAACUUUCAAACGAAACAUUAAGGUACGGUCAGCUUGGUGAAAAGGUGACCCACGUUUGCUUGUUUCCGUUAGAAGUUUUGUCAUCUAAAUUGCACUCAGUCAAUCCGGAUGCUCACUACCACGUUCAUUCAAAAAAAUUCAUCGAAGAAAUUCCGUGUAGACAAGCAGAUACCUUAUCUGAACUUGAAUUUCCUUGCGUCUUGAAGGUUUGUAGAUCAUCUGGAGGUCAUGGGACCUGGGUUCUUCAGGACCGCAGCCAAUUUGAUUAUUGGAAUAAAAAUAUUCAAGAAACUAUGCCAAACGCCGAUUUAACUGUAACUAAAUAUGUCGAAAACGUUGUGGCAAACUUCUGUUGUCAUGUUUAUCUCUUUAAAAAUGGUCAAUGGAGGUGGAUUGGAGUCACCGAAAAAAUCCUAAACCAUGAAAUUUGGGUCGGUGCUUUUGUGGAAAUGGAUAAACAGGUAGCACACGAAAAAUUGACUCACGAAACAAUCAAGCCCGUUUUAAAAGCUCUUCACGAAAAAAGUUAUUUUGGAAUAGUUGGCAUCGAUGUGUUGGUGGAUGAGACAGCUAAGCAAUAUGUUAUCGAUAUUAACCCACGCAUCGUCGGCUCGACACCACUGCUGUUAUCAGCCAUUGAAUUGCAGAAGAAAGGAUGGAGUGCCGGCAUGUUCUUCACCGACGUUAAAUUCUACAAUACAACUCUUAUUGAAAUUAUUGACAAUGCAGAAGCUGUUUUUGCUGAAAACAUUACUUCCUGUCAGAAGUUGAAAAAAUUGUUCAUGGUCGCAAUAAAUGGAAAUCAAGCUUUACUAGAUCUUCUUUUAGACUUAAAAGCCAACACAUAA